UGUUCCUUUCAGAAUUUUUCCAAAUUAUGCAUUGCUAAAAACCCUCACAGCAUGAAUCCCUUUCUUUUGAUUCGACCCACGGAGCGUAGUCUAGCACGCUUGAUCAGUUCCUACUGUUUAAAGUGCCGUUGUCAAAUUUCGACGGGUGCUACACAGUUCCAAAACAUUGAUGGUGCUACUCCAGUGGAUUCUACUCCUGAUGUGUCAGAAAUUGCAGCAAGACCGCCACUGCCGAUUCUCACAUCAAGGAAGCUGAACCACAUGCCUGCGAACAGACCUGCCAAACAAGCUUGGUUAGAAACGCUCGGCACAAUAGAGGACGAAAAACUAGGCAUUGUUGAUCUGCACCCUGAUAUAUUUGCGACAUUUCCAAGAACUGAUCUGAUCCAGCAAAAUAUAAAAUGGCAACAGAGAUACCGAAAAGUGGACUAUCGCUUUACACGAAAUCGCGCUGAGAUGCCUGGGGGUGGCCGGAAGCCUUGGCCACAGAAGGGAACUGGUCGUGCAAGACACGGCAGUAUCAGGUCCCCAUUGUGGAUUAGAGGUGGAGUAUGUCAUGGUCCCCGCGGUCCUAUAUCUGACUUUUACAUGCCGCAUAAGAGUGUCCGGGUGUAUGGCUUACGAAGCUGCCUCUCUAUAAAGCUGGCUCAGGAUGAUCUCCAUAUUGUGGACUCCUUAGACAUACCAACUGAGAACCCCAAAUAUAUUGAAGACCUAAUAGAAUCAAGGAACUGGGGGCUCUCCGUGUUAUUCAUAGAUGAUACCGACAUCAUGCCCCGGAGUAUCACAGGUGCAACAUUAGACAUCAAACACUUCAACCUAAUGCCAGUCUACGGUUUGAAUUGCUACAGUAUGCUCAAACAUCAAACACUGGUCCUAACGCUAGCCGCCCUGGAGAAAAUCGAAGAGAAACUUUUAUAUCAUAUGCAUAAGACAGACCUGAUGGAUGACGUCUGGGUCAGGAAACACUAAAAACUUUGAACACUGCUCAGUUGACUUUUAUGGAGUGUUCAGAAAAAACCUAGCAAGUUCAAAUAAAGAGAAUCUUAUGCUGAAGUGAAAAUAUAAAGGAAGUGUUCUCGACUCAUAUGAAGUAUGGUUUCUUAACAUUUUGUAAUAUGUGAUUGAAUAUCAUUUCUGAAAUCAAUUUUGUUAUUAAAGAUAGGUUUUGUUUUCAAGGAAA